ACAAUAACUGGAGGGAUGGGAUGGGAUGAGAUGGGAUAAACAGAGGUACUACUAGGGGGUGCAGAUCACACUGGCUGACACCUUGAGGGGAUGUCAUUGGGUGUGCUAGUGGGAAGGGGCUGCUGGCUUGGCAGUAAAUAGAGUUGCCCCUCUUUCCUGCCUGGCUAGCAUGUCCGCCAGACCCAGAAAAGGCUAUUGAAGAGAGGAGGUAAUUAAAAAUAAUCUGCAUUGGGUGUCACAUAGACGAAGUACGCCACCGGGGAUAAAUACAAGGAGCGGAUGUAUACUGUACAAACUUUCUAUAUAAGUCGAAAGCUGUGAUAUAAAUUUUUACAUCAGUACAUAAACAGAUGCAGUUACACAUCUUGGCUUCCUUUUGGUUGCAGAUGAAACAGAGAGGUGAAAGGCUCCCAAGAAAAGGUACUAAUAUGGCUAUUCGGAAUGUGCUGGUCACUGGCUGCUCCUCUGGUAUUGGGCUGGCGCUGGCAGUGCGUUUGGCCAGAGAUGAGCUGAAGCGAUUCCGAGUUAUUGCCACCAUGAGGAAUUUGGCGAAGAGGCAAGCCCUGGAGAGGCAAGCAGGGCCUGUGCUGGAUGAAACUCUGGAGAUCAAGGAGCUGGAUGUGACCAGUGAGGAGUCAAUCCGACACUGUGUGGACAGCAUCCCCCAGCGCAGGGUGGAUGUGCUUGUGAACAAUGCGGGAUUGGGCAUGAUUGGUCCAGUGGAAAGCCAGACAAUGGCUUCAGUACAGCAUCUCUUUGAUACCAACUUCUUCGGCUUGGUGCGCCUCGUCAAGGAGGUCUUCCCUGACAUGAAGCGACGAAAACAGGGGCACGUGGUAGUGAUGAGCAGUGUCUUGGGUUUGCAAGGUCUCCUCUUCAAUGACAUCUACUCUGCCUCCAAAUUUGCUGUGGAGGGUUUUUGUGAAAGCCUGGCUCUUCAGGCUUUGAAGUUUGGAGUCAACAUCAGUCUGAUUGAACCUGGACCAGUGAUAACAGAGUUUGAGAGGAAGCUCUAUGAAGAUGCAGCCAGUAUGGAUCUCUCUGCAGUAGAUAAAGAGACACUGGAUAUAUUUCAGGGGUUCUACAUGACCUACUCCAAGGAGGUCUUCACCGCACUGGGCCAAUCUCCAGAUGAAGUGGCAGAGCAUGCUAUGAAAGUGAUCACUUCAGAGCAGCCUCCAUUUCGGUACCAGACCAACAGCCUCUACACUCCCAUUACCACCCUCAAACACGCUGACCCGAGCGGGAACCUGCCCCUGAACACCUUCCAUCAAAUGAUCUUCCAGCACGAUCGGCUUUUCAAAGCUAGCCUCAGCCUCCUCAAAAUGCUUCAGUGGAGGAAGCGACGGGACAUGGAUUAUAACAAGACCCCCUGAGAAGAAGUGGGUUCCCCACCUCAGAGCCUGUCACUCUCAGGAUAGAGGACACGGCCCACUUGCAGGCGUCCUAGAGAGUUUAGCGUCAAGUAUAGCCCUGGCUACAGGGACUGCAUUCACACACUGGAUGCAGAGGCUGCACUAUUCUGAGGCAAGGUGUGUAUCUCCUGCCUCAGGCAUUAUAUUCUAGAAGAUGUCUUUCAGUGGCAGAGUGGAGACAGACAGAACUGAUCCAUGGGGCACAAUCUGUUAGCAAAGUCAUGCUUUAUCAUUUCCAUUUAUUUCCUUACAUCUUGUACAAGGCAUAUUCCUAGUGGAUUUUGUCCCAUAUAUUCCAAGGAGUGAGAGUAGACAUCCUCAUUAUUAUUCCACCACCACCUCGGGCACCAGAGGUGAGAAACUGUUGGCUCCUCUUGAGAGAUCCCAAAUACCUACCUGCAGAUGAGGACAAGCAAAGUCUUCUUGCUGGAGUGAAAUGUCCCAGUGCUCUGCAUGGGACUUGCCUCAGCAUCAUGUCUUCUCUGAAACAUUUAGGAAUCUCAUUACCAGAAGUGACCUAAAUGAUUAUUUUGUCUAGCCUGGACAAGCAGCAAGAGCUGACUGGGUCAUUAUUCCCUCCACUAUUUUUUGGAUGUGUGUUGUUUUUUAAAGGAGAGAUGAGAGAGAAUCAGGCCCAUAAAUAUCUUGAGAAAGGACCAAUUCUAAGUCUUCCAUGUUGUAGCUGCCUACUUGGAUCUGUUCUACACACUGUGCUGUAUGAGGAAUUAGAAUGAGAUGAUGGCAUUCUGGGUUGCACCACUUUAGACUGCAACAUAUAUGUGUCGUAUUUCUGAAUGGUCCUUUGUGUAAGCAAAACAAACAAACAAACAAACAAACCAAAUAUCCAUGCUCUGCCAGCUUUCCCACUCAAUUAUGCCACCUCUCCUGAAUCCAAAGAAGAAGCCUUCAUCUGUGGACUGAAGUGAUGUGCUGUCAAAUUGUACUGCAUCAUAUAUUGACUGGCUCCCAGACCAGUUUUAUGCUUCCCUAAAACAGAAAUAUAACAGGGAAUCUGGCUCCCAGCAUACACUGGCAGAAUUCCUGCUGUAGAUAAUAUCAUUCUUGAAUCUUCCAUUUCACCUUUCAAGUGACCCUGAGAAUCAGAGCUCAGAAAGGUUACUUUUUGAGACUGCAAUUCCCAGAAUCCCAUAGGAUUAUGACUUGGGGGAUUCUAGAUGAUGCAGUCCGAAAAGUAACUUUUCCCAGUUCUUCUACUAAUGAAAAACCAAUAUUAAGGCUAUGUCUGCUGAAGAAAUCCAGAUGAAAAGGGACCAUGGAGCAAAAUACAGGAGAUAGACUAGAAGUGGGGAGAUGGGACCAAGAAAAAUGUCAGAAGAGGAAGCAAUUGAUUUUUGGUUUUGUAAACAACUUUGGAGAAACAAUAUAAACAUAUUUAAAUAAAUAAAAGUCAGAAAAUUCAAGGGCAGAGGAAAGUGCAGAGCAAUGGAGGGCAAUGAUGAAGGAACUGGUUACCAGAGGUGGCGUGAUAGCAUGCAGUUGUGUAAAUCCGGAAGUCACUAGCACAACAAUAUUUUUAAAAGCACCAAUUUAUGCUGGCUGAGAGGAUUUUCUGCUGUACUGCAUGGGACUCUAAAGCACACCUCUUGGAUAGUCUGGGGUACCUUAUUGGCCUGUCGGCAUGGCCUCACAACUCAUGUAGCAUAUGGAAGAGUGCUGGAUGUAUACCAGAGAUACCCACAUUCAUUCCACUGCUCUGAAGGCUGUGUGGCCCCAUUGAGCCACUCACUGUCAUUCUGACACAGGUCUCAUAGGUUUAAGUGUGAGGAUAAGUGGAGAGACACAUUUUUUUAACCUGAUGUCCCUGGAUCAAGAGUAGGAUGAAACUGGUAAAUAAAGUGACCCUUGGUAGGACUGUC